GUUUGACAUACGUACGUACGUCUUAAGAGGAAAUCGACUCAGCAUUCAAUGCGGGGGGGGGGGAUUAAUCAUGAUUGAACAAGGUUACAAUCCUAUCCCUCUUCUCUCACAUCAAUAUGUCAUCCUCUUCACCAAUCAAAGCAACAUGUCAUUGUGGCAACGUCGCAAUCGAAGUACCACACAAACCAAAAGAAAUUUGUGAUUGUCAAUGUACGCUUUGUCGAAGGUAUGGUGCAGCAUGGGGUUAUUAUAAUCCAAAACAAGUCAAAGUUUCCCUCAAGCCUGAAGCAAGUACAAAAGCAUACGUUUGGGGUGAUAAAGAGUUGGAGUUUCAUUUUUGUUCAAAUUGUGGUUGUGUAACUCAAUGGAAAACAAUCAAAGAAAGUGAAAAGACUGGGAUUAAUACAAGAUUGAUGCAUCCUGAACAAACAAAGUAUAUCAGUCGUAGGAUAAGUUUUGAUGUUUUGACUGUUCCUUUGAAGGACAAAUCUUCUGCACAUCCUGAUGAUCAGGCACAAUAUUGAUAUUGUAUGCACUGUAAGCUUAUCAUCCAAUUUAUCUGUGAAUGAAAUGCCGAGAUUCCAGAUGAUCGUCUAUCCCUAUCACAUUCUCACGCUCGUCUUCAG